UCCACGGCGAACAGACCUUGAAGGUCGUUCCAUCACUUAAAGAGUAGCUUCACUUUGGUUGUCAACGUUACGCCGCAGCAUCACAGCAACGUCUCAUCAGUGAGGUGUCCACAUUUGAUGGAAACUAAAAGUAAAGUCUAGAAAGCACCACACUGAAAUAUUUGCCGCCUCGUUAGAUUUCUUUAUUUCUGCUGAGUACCAAUUAAUUUCUCCUUUGGAAGGUUCGACGAAAAGAAACCCACCAUCACCAAAGGCAGUGAGCUGAGUUGUUCACAUCUACAAUAAGCAGUGUUGAAGUUGCCACUCCCAAUCUUGUUCUUCAUUUCAUUAUUUCAUAUAUACUUUUACCACCAAGACCUCUCUGUAUAAAUAAAGAUCACAAUGGAAAAUGUGAUGAUAAGGGAGGCAAGGAGAGAAGACUGCAAGGAACUUAGAAGAUUGAUACAGGAGCUUGCUGACUUUGAACAGAUGCCAGAUGACUGCAAGUUGACAGUAGAGGAACUGGAGCGUGAUGGCUUUGAUGCAGUGCCACCACUGUUUCACUGUUAUGUUGCAGAAGUCAAUACACACACUAAGGAUAUGAGUGCAACCAAAGAAGAAAGUGUUUCAGAUGUAUUGAAAAUGGGAGACAGCUGUGCAAAGCUUAUUGGACAUGCUUUGUAUUUCUUUUCCUAUUCCUCUCAAAGGGGACGUACAAUUUACUUAGAGGAUAUUUAUGUUACACCUGAGUACAGGGGAUCAAAGCUUGGCUCAGCUCUUUUUGAUAAGGUGGCAAAGAAAGGAAUUGAGACUGGAUGUGUUCAAAUGGACCUUGUUGUACUCAAUUGGAAUCCAGCUCAAAUAUUUUACAAACGAAAAGGUGCAACUGACAUCACUUCUGAGAAAAACUUCAAUUACUACAGUAUUGACAGAGAUGCUAUGGAGCACCUGCUUGCCUACAAGUACAAACAUAGACUAGUGGACACAAAAUCUGUUAAUUUGUGAAGUCACUGUUAUUAGUAGCUGUUCUUAUUAGUUUCUUAAGUGAUUAAUUUUCAGUGUGGAUGAAAAUCAGGACUGUUAUUAAAAGGUAAAGAAAGGUACUUUGUAAUUCUGCAUGUUAUUUACUUUCUUAAAGUAACUUACAAAGAAAAAAUAUUUUUAUGAAAUACUCUGUUUGUUCAAUUGUGUUCCAUUAGUCUUGUUGUAUUGUUGUAAAGUACUUUUAUUAAUGUUAACAGUGAGGUAU